AAAAGGAAGACAAGUUCCAGACUGUUUUGCAAUAUUAUCACUAGUCGACACAUGUGAUUCAAAUUUCUAACGUUGAAGUGAUGAAAUUCUGGACACUUUAAGUAUUAAGUAGGAAGUAUGGUCCUGAUAACAGUGAUGAAAAAUGUUGCAAAACUUCCGAGGCACAGCUGCAGUAUUCCUGGUUGUAUCCCUUCUAUGUGUGUUAAAAAAAUAUUUCACAGGUCUAAUCAUAACCUGUCUGCUGAGAAGAAGUUUGACGUCAUAGUGGUCGGGGGAGGGCAUGCAGGGACGGAGGCUGCAUGUGCUUCAGCGCGGAUGGGGUCACGUACACUACUCCUCACCCACAAAAUCAGUACAGUAGGUGAGAUGUCAUGUAACCCCUCCUUUGGGGGGAUAGGUAAAGGUCAUCUGAUGAUGGAGGUGGACGCCCUGGAUGGAGUUUGUGGCAGAGUCUGUGAUAAAACAGGGAUCCACUACAAAAUGCUGAACAGGAAGAAAGGGCCAGCUGUCUGGGGGCCUCGUGCCCAGAUUGAUCGAUUAAUGUACAAAACAGAGAUCCAAAAAGAGGUAUUCAACACCCCAAACCUUAUGGUGAUGGCAGGAUCUGUGGAGGACUUUAUACUGGGACAAAGUCAGAGCCCAGACCUCCCUACCAUGAAACAGACGUGUUCAGGAGUCAUACUAGAAUCUGGUGAGAGAAUUCAUGGAGGUUCAGUGGUUUUAACUGCUGGGACCUUCCUAAGGGGGAUGAUUCAGAUUGGUUUGGAACAGUUCCCUGCUGGUAGAAUGGGAGACCAGCCAGCCAUAGGCCUGGCCAAAAGUUUGGAGGAGGCAGGCUUUACUCUUGCUAGGCUUAAAACAGGAACUCCGCCUCGUUUGGAGAGGAAGUCAGUAGAUUUCAGUAAGACAGCUAUACAUAUGGCUGAUAGUAUUCCUCAUCCCUUUAGUUACCUCAAUACAGAUGUUUGGAUCAAGCCUGAAGACCAGAUGAAUUGUCACAUGACCCACACUAACGAGGAGGUAGAUAAAAUUGUCAUGGAAACUAUGCAUCUUAACAGACAUGUGCGAGAGGAAGUCAAGGGCCCAAGAUACUGCCCCUCCAUUGAAUCCAAGGUUCUGCUUUUUAAAGGAAGAAAACAUCAAAUAUGGCUUGAACCAGAAGGUUUGGAUAAUGAAGUUAUCUAUCCACAAGGGAUAUCCUGCACUAUGCCAGAGGAGCACCAACUGAGGCUAGUGCGAGCUAUCCCAGGCCUGGAGAGGGCUGUCUUCACAAAACCAGGUUAUGGUGUGGAGUAUGAUUACAUGGAUCCCAGACAGCUAAGGCCUACAUUAGAAACCAUUAAGAUAGAGAAUCUGUUCUUUGCUGGUCAGAUUAAUGGUACGACAGGAUAUGAAGAAGCAGCUGCCCAGGGCAUUAUAGCUGGAAUCAACGCUGCUGGUAAAGUGCAAGGAAAGCCUCCCUUUACAGUUGAUAGAACAGAGGGUUACAUUGGAGUUCUUAUUGAUGACCUCAUCACACAGGGAACCAAUGAACCAUAUCGAAUGUUCACGAGUCGAUCAGAGUUCAGGCUGUAUCUCAGACCUGAUAAUGCUGACAAAAGACUUACAGCAAAAGGUUAUGACAUUGGGUGUGUCAGCCAACACCGAUAUAACCACACUGUACAGCAGUAUAGAGAGGUGGAGGAAAUCAUUGAUCGACUUAAGUCCACAGUGAGACACAUGAGGCGGUGGAACAAGCUCUUACAGCGACCAGACAGUACAAAUCCAAACCAAUUCAGUGCUUUCCAGUUGCUCUCUGUUCCCGGAUUUACAGUAGAAACCAUUGCCAAAGCAUUGCCAGAGAUAUUUGGUGACCUUCAAUUCAAUAGACACAUUUGCCACAAGGUUUAUGCAGAAGGGUUAUAUGCUCAGGAGAUUGAUGAACAGAUGAGCCAAAUAGAAGAGCUCCAGAAAGAGGAACAACUCCUGCUACCAGAUUCCAUUGACUACCUAGGAUUAAAUGAGAUUUCUAUGGAGAUAAGAGUUAAACUGGAUGAUGCCAGACCAGCAUCUAUUGCUGCAGCCAGUAGGAUCCCCGGUGUCACACCAUUGGCUCUUUUAAAGCUGCUUCAAUUUGUCAAAAGGACUUGUACUAAGACUCAAACUACUGGACUGCUGUGAUUUUCUCUUACAGAUGCAUGUAUUUAUUAUUGGGAUUAUUCAUCUUGAAUUUUGUAAUUAAAUAUUGAAACUGUCAAAAAUUGUGUUUUUG